CAUCCAAAUUUCAGCAGCCACAAAAUUCUCAAUACUUGCACGCAAGGUUAUUAUUCCAUAUGGGUCUGAGGCUUUCCUGCUUCCACCGAGGCAGCGUCUCGCGGAAGGUGCACCAGCAACCGGACUCGCCAGCGCCAGCCAGGGUCAUUGCCGCCGACGGCUCGCUGAAGGAGCUCCCGGCGUCGUCCCCCCUCGCGGCCGUCUCCGACGUGCUUGGCCUUGACGGCGACACGCCCGUGGCGUCGUCCUUCGUGUGCAACGCCGACGCGCUCUACUUCAACGAGCACCCGCCGGCGCUGGCCCCCGGCGACCUGCUCCGACUGGGGCAGAUGUACUUCGUGCUCCCCGCGGACUUGCUCGGCCGGCCGCUGUCCACCGACGACAUGGCCGCGCUGGCCGUGCGCGCGAGUGCAGCGCUCGCGUCGUCGUCCGGCAAGCGACAGCAGAGACGCGGCGGCAACAGUAAGAAGGCGGUGCGCGUCAUGCCGGUGCAAGAGGACGCCGAGAACGACGUUGACUUGUUCAACGAGACGCUCAACGAGCUGACGCUAGGGCAGGCCGGGCCGUUGCUGAUAAGCCCGGUGGCGAAGAAGGGCGACGAGAAGCUCGCCGCCGCGGUAGAGCGGUCGCGGCUGAAGUGCGCGCUGAGCAUCAUUCGAGAGGGUUCCGAGUGAAGCAGUAGGCUCUAGUUUCACUUUCGUUUGUUUUUCUCUUUUCGGGAAACCAUUUUGUAAGCUACAAGCUUAAAAUGGUUUGUUAGAUUUAGGAAAAAGG